CACAAAGAAAGAAGAUAAGUCCUAAUCCAAAACUCGUGGUCGUGAUUUUGUUUCUGUUACAUCCUUGUAAAAUGUCUGCUUUAUUUUUUUUUUUUCUUUUCUUGAAGUAGUAGAUUUGAUUACGAAAACAAGUAAACAAUCUAAAGGAGGAGACGUGAAGCAGCGAAUCGAUCGUACCAAAGAUAUAUAUACUUUCAUGUCCUUAUCCUCUGCGUUAUUCGAUCCUGUAGAUGGAUUCUGCUUUAUCUCCUCGCAUUCUUUUCCCACACAGCUUCAUUAACUCAAGGUCGCCUAGGUUUGCAGCUACUAGUACUACUUGCUGGAGAUUAGUUAAUACUUUAUCUUGGGAGGCCAAGGCUAUUGGGAACACUAAUAGCAAUGAAAGUCCUCUCAAAGGAACAGAUGGUUCUUUCUUUGAUCAUGUUGACGCGGAACUCACGCCUGAGACUGUUGAUUUCUUCGUGAGUGACGCAGAAGGUGAUCCAGAUUGUCCUACUCAAGGCUACUCCUCUAUCGAACUCGCUCUUCAAUCUCUACGCCAAGGGAAGUUUGUGAUCGUUGUUGACGAUGAGAACGGGGAUGUUGAAGGAAACCUGAUCAUGUCGGCAACUCUAACGAGUCCAAAAGACAUAGCCUUUCUGAUCAAGAAUGGUUCUGGUAUUGUUUCAGUUGGGAUGAAGCAACAAGACCUUGAAAGAUUAAACCUUACACUCAUGUCACCUGAAAUGGAAGAUGAAGAUUCCUCUGCACCAACUUUCACCAUCACCGUGGAUGCAAAAUCAGGAACGUCAACAGGAGUCUCAGCUUCAGACAGGGCCAUGACGGUUCUUACACUUGCCUCUCUUGAAGCUAAACCAGAUGAUUUCAGGAGACCAGGUCAUGUGUUCCCUCUCAAGUACAGAGAGGGUGGAGUUUUGAGGAGAGCCGGUCACACUGAAGCUUCGGUAGAUCUAAUGAUAUUAGCUGGUUUACGUCCAGUAUCAGUUCUUUCAGCUAUUCUUGAUCAAGAAGAUGGGUCUAUGGCUUCACUACCAUAUAUGAAAAAGCUUGCUACAGAACAUGACAUUCCCAUUGUAUCCUUGACUGAUCUAAUCAGAUAUCGAAGAAAGCGAGAUAAGCUAGUGGAGAGAAUCACCGUGUCUCGUUUGCCUACCAAAUGGGGUCUUUUCCAAGCUUAUUGCUACCGAUCAAAACUCGAUGGAGCCGAAAAUAUAGCACUUGUUAAGGGAAACAUCGGAAACGGUCAGGAUAUUCUGGUGCGGGUGCAUUCAGAGUGCUUAACCGGAGACAUAUUCGGUUCAGCACGGUGUGACUGUGGAAACCAAUUGGAGUUAGCCAUGCAGCUAAUCGAGAAAGAGGGAAGAGGCGUGGUUGUGUAUCUUAGGGGACACGAAGGAAGAGGCAUUGGUCUUGGUCACAAGCUUAGAGCUUAUAACUUGCAAGACGAAGGACACGACACUGUUCAGGCCAACCUUGAACUUGGUCUAGCCAUUGAUGCUCGUGAAUAUGGUAUUGGUGCUCAGAUGCUUCGGGAUAUAGGAGUGAGAACAAUGAGGCUGAUGACGAAUAAUCCAGCGAAGUUCACAGGUCUGAAAGGGUACGGACUGGCAGUAGUUGGGCGUGUGCCGGUGGUGACACCAAUCACCAAUGAGAACAGAAGAUACAUGGAGACCAAACGCAAGAAGAUGGGUCACAUUUAUAUCUCUGACAUCGAUCAGCCUUUGGUUUGACCCACAAGCAUUUGAUAGAAACAAAGACUUUAAUUUUGUUAAUCAGUUUAAUCACACUGCCAGAGGAAAGGCCUCUUUUAUACAUAUAAUUCAAUGUAAAGCCCAAAUGUAUUUAUGGUCCAUCAAAGCCCAUCAGUAGCGUCUUUUGUGAUCA